CGAGUUUUUCUAUUCCAUUUCAUAUCGUGUGGAUCACGGUAAAGAUGGCUUCGGUUAGACUACCGUUGUAUUGUAUUCUGUGGUUCUUCUCCGUAGUAGUGUUCGGGUUGACUAUUACCCGACUCAACUAUACACUGCAUCUCCCGAAAGGCGAUCCCUUGAAUCACGGCGCGGAUUUCUAUGAUCCCGUAGUCGCAGAAUUGCUGGUUUGUUCUCUGUUGGCGUUUGGCUUUGCUCCAUUCAUCUUUAAGCCGGAUUUUAUGUCCGCGCUCCGUGUCAAUCUGUUCUCUGAAGUCUCUCCCGCAGUGACCGAAACAAUCGCACUUGCGGCGCUGUGGUUGUUGUGGCUGAUAGGAGCGGGCAUAGCAACUAGCAUCUGGCCAAAUCUGUCGUUCUGCUACAACUUUGCUGCAUGCCGUGUUUUGGCCGCCAUGACGGCCUUUGCCUGGCUCGGCUGGCUUACCGUCUGCGGGCUACUCGUUAUUAGCCUUUUCCCUUUCUUCCAGAAAGACCGUCCGCCCAUCAGUUCCCGUACGAUCGAAUGGGUCGGGUCAACGUCACCGUCUGUCGUAUCUGCUGUGUAACAACAUGAUGAACCUUGUGACUCGAUUUGAUCUAUUCGUACAGUGCAUUCCCCACCUGUUCAUCUACAUGUAUUGGCUCUCACGUGAAUCAGUCUGUGCACAACUUCAUGUGCAUUGCCUCAUCAGUGAUCUGUUAAGUAUAACUGUAAUGAAUGUGUGGUUUGUUGAUCACAUUAA